AUGGGAAACAGCUAUGAUGGCAAGGAGGACGAGAUGUAUCGGAACUUUUGCGAGGUCGUCACAUCGAUUCUUGAUUCUUGCGGGAAGGACGAGGACAGGCUGGUUGUCAAAGCGACUGCUCAGUGGCCUGACACAUCUGCAGGUGACAGUAGCAUGGACAAGGACACCAAUAGACAGAGGCCGGAUCUGAUGAUCUAUCCAACGACAGAGGCGGCGCAGAAGGCGUACACACUCUCGGCGAAAGAUAUCAAUAAUAGCAGGGGGAAGGAUCGAGCGCACGACGCGCGGACGUCGUGGGCGUGGUCGCUGCUUCCGAUCGAGCUCAAGUCGGAUGAGCACAGAGAGCGGCCGUUCCAGUUCUCUGUGAAAGGAUUUCAUCGGUCGACGAAGAGCAGUGAUCCUGCCGUCGGUCUUGGCCAGAUAUCGGAAUACGCUUGGAACGUAAUGCGCUGGCAACACCGACAAUUCUGUUUCAUGUUGGUCGUAUGUGGUCGUUUUGCUCGAAUAAUCCGAUGGGACAGAGCUGGAGGCCUGGUGUCAAGUAGUUUUAACUUUGUCGAUGACCCUACGAUCCUGCAGAACUUCUUAUAUCGAUUCGGACACAUGAGCAGGGAGGAGCGGGGAUAUGACCCGACCGUCACGCUUGCGCGCCAGGAGUACAUCGACGAGAUGUACAGCUGUCAGAAGGAGCUCUCUACGUACCAGCAGCAACGUUUCGCCAAGGCGUUCCCGAAGGAGACGGAGAGAGGGCAAUGGCCAAUAUAUGAGGUUUGCAUGCGGAAGGAAGACGUCGUCACUCCUAGCACCAUCAACUGCGAUGAGGUGAAGAAGUCGGCGUCGCGCCUAGGAGACGAUUCUGCCUCUGGAGGACCAUCCGAAGGACAGGAAGACGAGAGGGCCAAGUAUCUGCGGUUCCUGAUCGGGAAAGCGACCUUCAUCAGCAGUUCGCCGACAGGACGAGCGACGAAGGGAUUCGUUGCUUUCGACAUGCACCUGAGGCGACUUGUAUUCUUGAAGGACGUGUGGCGAGUGACUAAUGUCCCUACCGAGUUGGAGGUCUACGAGAGACUGUGGAAACACGAAGUGUCCAAUAUCCUGACGCCAAUCUGCGGAGGAGAUGUGGGAGGGUCACGGUCACCUGGAUCGCCAUCGCCGCAGACAACAAGAACGCAGGAAUUUGUGAAGAAGCAAUCUGCGCGGGUGCACUUUCGAUUGAUCGUGUAUCAAGUCUGCAAGCCUCUGACGGAAUAUAGCGACUCGAGAGAGCUUGUAUGCAUCCUCCUCGACGCAAUAUUGUGUCAUCAUGAUGCCUGGGUGGACGCUCAAAUACUGCACCGAGAUGUUAGUGUUGGAAAUAUUUUGAUUGAUGUUGAAGCUAUGGUAGGGGGUAACGAGAUGGCCAUUGGGAUCCUGAGCGACUGGGACAUGUGCAAGUACAAGGAGGAUCUGGAUAAGGGAGCGGCGCAAAAACAGCGAUCGGGUACAUGGCAGUUCAUGUCUGCUCUGCUGCUGAAGGAUCCUCACAAGCGUCAUGAGGUGUCUGACGACAUCGAGUCGUUCGUGCAUCUCACGAAUUGGCUUAUUCUCCGCUUCCACCCACACAAUCUGAGUGGAAAGUCUCAUCGCCAGCUGCUGCUUGAUUACGUGACAUUAACGUAUGAUAAACACAUUUCCAAGGACGGCGCCGACGUCGGUGGGGACCAAAAGCUAAUUCAUAUGCGAAAUGGGGAGGUUGGGUUCUAUCCAAAAGCUCAAGUAUUGGAGGAUCUCACUCGAUCACUGGCCGAGAUGUGCAAAGACCAUUAUGCCACCCUCACCUCAUAUACCCAGCGACUCGAAGGUAGGGAGGACUCGAAGACACCGACUCUGAUCGUUGGAAAGCCACAAGGUCCCCCUCGGCGUUUACGGCCUACUCUUCGCUCCACGGACGGUCUUAUUGAACCUGAAGAACCUAGACAGCAGCCACAGGCACCCAGACAGCAGCCGCAGGGCUCUCCUACGUUGGCUAAUCAUGAGGCAAUUUUCAAGAUCUUCACACGGACGCUUGAGUAUGGCUCAUCCGGAGACAAGGGCACUGAUCAAUUCGAGAUGCUUUGGGCUGUUUCGACGUCUGCGGGACAGAAGCGUAGUCUAGAGACCCCGGAGCCGCUCACAUCGCAACAGGCGAAGAAGGCUAAGGGAGCGGAUACACGAGAGGAGUCGUCUGGUGUGCGUGGAGGUACCCCUCACACGGGCUCGUUGCCUGUGGUUGACGAGGGUGCGGAGGUUGAGUAG